AUGUGUUGGGCGAUAGUUGCUGCUGAGGCUGUUGCAGCAGGUCUUAAAGCUAAAAAUCCAGAUAAAGAUCUUCUUGAACUUUCUGCUCAAGAGUUGCUUGAUUGUUGUAAAGAAGAAGAAAGAAAAUGUUAUACAUAUUCUAUCAAAAAAGCUUUGGAAUGGAUUAAAAGUUAUGGAAUUAGGAAAGAGGAAGAAUACCCAUUCAAAGCACGUAAAUGUCCUUGUCGACACAAGACUGAAGAACAGAAAACUCUUGCCGUGAAGAUUGCUGACGUCAAAAAGGUAGAUCAUGAUAAUGAAAAUGAGCUUCUUAUGAGAGUAAAAGAACAACCAAUAGCAUGUGGUUUAAUAGUGACCAAUGCAUUCCGAGAGCUUAAAGGAGGUAUAUAUGAAGGAUCUGAGGAACUCGAUUUAAUUCUCCAAGGAAAAAAGAAAGCUUAUUGA